AUGGCGGAUUCUCUUCUCUCCUCCAUCGCCACCUUUCACACAACCAAUAUAAUUGUCACGGAUCCCACCAAGUACUCCUUCAUUGGAUCCAUUCUUGAUACCAUGCUUGCCUGUGUGUCUGCAACAAGCAAUGUUCUGCAACAAUACAUGAAGAUUCCUUCUUCGGGUCCAAGGGAGCUCACACCAGCCAUGGUUCGCUCCAUUGAAGAGGCUGACAAGCCAGCAAAGAGGGGAAAGAAAACUGAGACUCAGAAGGAAACGAAGGUUACUAAACCAACCAAGGAGCAAACCCCUAAGAAGCGAAAGUCUAACAAGGUUGCCCCAUCACAGCCUCAACCAAAGAAACACAAAUCUUCUCCUUCUUCAGAAUCUGAAAACGAAAGCUCUGAUGAUGAGGCUUCGGUUCGUGGUGAUACCCCGCCUCGCUCGCCUACCCCAGAAAUUCCAGUUUGCUCCCAACCUCCUUCUCCUCCACCCGUUACCAUCCCAGCGGCAGCUCAGAAAAAUUCUCUAACUGUGAACGCUUCGGUUGAUAACCUUCAGCGUUCUCUUCAAGCUGAACGGUCCAACCUUGAAGCUGCUCAUCAAGCAAUUGAAGCAGCCAAUGCCACUCUACACGACAAUGUCAAUGAUCGAUUGACUCAAUUGGAGGCAGAGUUGGCUGUUGAAAAUCGCAUCAUGGAUGAACUCGACAAAAGAACCUCUCAGCUGAGGAUGCAGAAUCUCAAACUUCGCACUGCAACAGCUGAACUCAAUGACUUGAAGUCUGAUAGGGAGGUUAUACGAAGCUCUAUUACCGAUGUUCACUCCAUUUUACUUCACCUCCUUGAAGCCCAUGAUCCCAUCAUCACCAUCACCAUCCGCACGCAUUUGGCUGACAAACUUCGACCUGCAUUGGACAUCCUUAAUCGUAUCGUGGGUGUUCCGGUGACUGGUGUCUAG